CAUAAUUUUCGUGAUUUACACAACAUAAAAAAUCGAUGGGCUGCUGCCUUUUGCUGAACGUCACAGCAGGUCAACAGAAUAGUUCAAACAAAUGUCCCCCAACAACACAAAUACAAGCAGGGUAAAUCAUGAAAAACCAUUCCAGAGUCCGGCAGAGCUCAGGAAUGGAGCUACUGAUGGUCUUUCUCUCCUUCUCGGCCCUUGGUACCGUAGUGGCAGACAAAGAAUCCUGUGCCGGCCGGUGCGAUGUGGGCUUCCAGCCGAUGAUGAAAUGCCAGUGUGAUACCGUCUGUGCCUUCUACAGCACCUGCUGCAGGGACUACUACACCGUCUGUGUGAAAACACGUGGAGAUGUCUUUGCCAUUCCUGAGGAAGAUGUUUAUGAUUUUGACACGCAUGACUCCGACUUCCAGACUAACGGCACGGAUGAAGUGUAUUCAGAUAUGAAUCCUAGACUGCAACCAGAUCUGGAACAGGAACCCACCCAUGAACCAGAGCCCACCUAUGAACCACAGCCCACCCAUGAACAGGAACCCACUCAGGAGUGGAGCACAGAACUGGUGCCCACCCACAAUCCUGUGUCUGGCAACGUGUGUCUCAGUGAAAAGCCUUUCGAUGCAUUCACCGACCUCAAGAAUGGAUCGAUCUUUGCUUUCCAGGGACAAUAUUUGUAUGAACUGGAUAAGAAAGGUGUUGUUGCUGGAUAUCCCAAGCAGAUUCUGGAUGUGUGGGGCGUGCAGGGCCCCAUCGAUGCUGCCUUCACUCGAAUAAACUGCGAGGGAAAGACCUACCUGUUCAAGGGCAUGAUGUACUGGCGUUUCAACGAUGGGAUCAUGGAGGACGGCUUUCCCAGGCCAAUCAAGGAUGGCUUCCCAGGAAUUCCGACCCAUCUCGAUGCAGCCCUGGCCAUUGCUGCAUCCGGCAUCCGUGGGAAGGAGCAAGUUUAUUUCUUCAAGGGCAAUCAUUACUGGCAGUAUGUCUUUGAACAUCAGCCCACCCAGGCAGAAUGUGUAGGGAUACCUAUCUUCAUCCCCUUCCAGAGGUACACCUACCUGAUGCCCGACAACUGGGACGACUACCUCUCAAGGCUCUUUAGGUCCAUCUCCAGAGCCCGCACCUCUGGCCCGUUCUCCAUCAGACAACACUGGCACGGGAUCCCUUAUAAAGUGGACUCAGCGAUGAACGGUAAACUUUUCAUGGUGCGCAUGCAGGAGGGGCGUGGCCGGAGGAGAGGCCAGCCCAAGGGUUGGCACAGGACGCACUCGUCCAGCGCGGAGGAUGCCUGCACCCUCGUGCCCAGCCAGAACGUCUACUUCUUUCUCAGAGAUAAAUAUUUCCGUGUCGAUCUUGACUCCAAACGAGUGGCCUUUGCUUGGCCUCGAUAUCCCGAUCCAUCACCAAGUACUGGUUCAAGUGUGAGAACGAGUGAAAGGAAGCCGGCUCAGGACAGGACCAUCACCGGCAGAGACGGGCUGCCCGCCGCCAGUCCCCGAUCCUUCGUGCAAGAGGACAACACCACGGGGAACAUAGAAUGAGGAAAUAAAACCAAAAUAAGCUGC